AUGGUCGGUCCUCCACUAGCAAUGCAGUGUCUACCAGAACAGCAAGAUGAAAACCCAGAUAUGGCAGAUGACAGCAGCAACUCUACCAUCCAGAGGCUGACGACUAUCAUUGAAAGGCAGGUCCACCAGAUAGCACAACAGGCCCAGCAGAUUAUAGACCAGGCGGACCUUAUCAAAAGCCUCAAUCAUAGUAUUGACUGCAUGAGGGCCCAAGUUACAGCACUGAAUACACAGCUAAGUAGAAAUUCCCGUAGUGACAGCCUUAAACGUAGACCUGAAAAUCAGAAUCCAGUUGACGACGACGCUCUUUCUGAUGACAGCGUACAGUGCAACGGGUAUACACGGGCCAGACCAAGAAAAAAAAGAGGCGGUCAGAUGUGCGACAGAAGACUUCUCUCCUUUACCAGAAUAAAACUCAGUGGAGGCUCUCCCAUGCCGCUGGUAGUGGUGAUACUGCCUAAACACGAAAAAUAA